CAACCUCCGCCUACCUCGACGUCCCUCCAAUGCCACCCCGGCACGCUCUCCUCCCCUCUGACUCCCGUCCAUCCACCCGCCCUCCUCUUCUAAAUCCUUGACGCUCAGGCGGCGCUCAGGAUGGUGAUCAACCCGACAUAUCUGGCGCAGAGGACGCGCUCCUCAUUGAGUUGGUCAGAUGCGAAGUCAAGAGUGAUACGGUCGUACCGGGAUUGGCUGCGAGCGUCACCCGAAAUCCAGACCAUGUACUCCCUCAACAUGCCCGUGUCGGCCAUCCGCACCAAGAUCCGGCAGGAAUUCGAGCGGCACCGCUUCGUCGCGCAGCUCAAGACGGUGGAUGUGUUGCUCAUGAACAGUCAUCAGGAGUUCCAGGAGACGUUGAACUUCUGGAAACAGCUUACGCACGUGCUCAAGUACUUCCGUGCUGAGGAGGACCCGAAGGCGAGGUUACCGAAGGAUUUCAUGCAGGGCUUCAUCGAGGGUCGGAACUAGAGCUAGAACCAUCGGCUUGUUCAUCCCACCUGCGCCGCCCCUGACUGUACAUAUGCACACUUUUCGUAGUAGAAAAUGCAUUCAGUGAGUGCGCAACGCUCCCAAGUUUCACGAACCUCCCCAGCCUACUGCGCCUCCGCUCGAUCAGGAUUGUCUGCGUUGAAUGCGUCUCUCGCGACCGAGAACUUGUCCUCCACCACGUCGCAC